AUGUCUUCACCUCCAACAGCCAUCCCCACCGGAUCGUGGGUCCUCGUCACCGGCGCCACAGGCUUUGUCGCCAGCCACGUUACCCGUCAGCUUCUCCAGCGCGGCUACAAAGUCCGAGGCACAGUCCGUGACCAAACCAAAGCCCAAUGGCUCAUUGACGAUCAUUUCAAGUCUUAUGCCCACAGUGGCUCUUACGAGCUCGUCACGGUUCCUGAUCUAUCUGCCACCGGAGCUUUUGACGAGGCCGUAAAAGGCGUCUCGGCCGUUGCUCACAUCGCAAGUGUCCUGGACUUUGAUCCCAACCCCAACAAUGUCGUUCCCCAGACCGUCGCAGGAGUAACCUCUGUCCUCGAAAGUGCAUCCAAAGAGUCAUCUGUUACCCGCUUCGUAUUCACUAGCUCCAUCGUCGCGGCAGUCUUCCCGACAGCUGACCAAGAUGGUGUCGUCGACCGCAAUUCAUGGAACGAGUUUGCUGUCAACGAGGCCUGGGCUCCACCGCCUUACGAACCCUCGCGCGCAAUGCUCGUCUAUGCCGCAAGCAAGGUCGCUGCAGAACAAGCGCUAUGGAAAUACGUCGACGAGAACAAGCCUCACUUUGUGACAAAUGUUGUCAGCCCUUCAGGUAUCCUGGGCGAGCCGCUGCACGAGAGACAUGCCUCUUCAUACGGCAACUGGAUUUAUUCUCUCUUCAUCGAGAAGAGGGAGAUGAUUGAUACGUUCCAAACUGCAUUCUUUGUUGACAUCCAAGACGUUGCCCUCAUCCACGCCGCUGCCAUUCUUGAUCCCGAAGUCAAGGAUGCGCGUCUCCAGACGUGGGGUCAUAAAGCUCACUGGAAUGAUUUCUUGCCCAUUCUGCGACAGCUUCGACCGCAGAGGAAGUUCAUCGAUGACUAUCCUGAGACGUUCUAUCUCAAGCUCUCGACCGAUCAGUCUGAGUCUGUUGCUCUAUUGAAGAAAUGGGCUGGUCAGGAAGACUGGAAGCCACUUAGACAGAUUAUUACUGAGGCCAUCAACAACCCCUACUGGAAGGCUGAGUAG